GUGUUUCAGCAGCUGGUACUACUUAGAAUUUGCUGAAUUGGUUGGAUCUGAUUGAGUAUCCUCCUAGAGUCUUCUUCUUUCUUCGUUUCAUUUCGUGGAUUGAGUUGGCAGAAUGGGGCGAUCAUCCUCCACUGUGAAGGAGACGCAGGCGCUCUUCCAAUCCCUUCGCUCUGCUUACGCCGCGACUCCGAAUAACCUCAAGAUCAUCGAUCUUUAUGUGGGUUUUGCCGUUCUCACCGCCGUAAUUCAGGUAGUUUACAUGGCGGUUGUGGGAUCAUUUCCUUUCAAUUCUUUCCUAUCGGGGGUGCUCUCUUGCAUAGGCACUGCAGUCCUUGCUGUUUGUCUACGCAUCCAAGUGAACAAGGACAACAAGGAGUUUAAGGAUGUGGCACCUGAGCGUGCUUUUGCCGAUUUUAUUCUCUGCAACUUGGUGCUUCAUUUGGUGAUCAUGAACUUCCUGGGCUGAAGUGAGGAACCCGUAAUUUCCUGGCUUCUACUUCCGAAAAAUGGAUGCAGCAUGUUAUUGAAAACUGGUAGUCAAGAUAGGAAAUUUUCCAUAGUAGUACUAAGGUCUUAAGAAUAUGAACCAAUGAGCACAUUUUGGUUCCCUGUGGUGAGAUUAAUGGAACAUGGAGUUUAUGUGAACGGGCCAAGCGCCUGAUGCUCGUACGAAUAUUAUUGACAUGGUUGCUAGUUUCUACCAUACUAUAUGAGUUAUAGAUUGUUGAUCUUGAAAAAUGUGUAAUCGAUAGUACUGCCUUGUGCUUCCUGAAUCCCGACCAAAUUCUCGAAGAAUUUGACCCAGAGCAGAUUAUCAAAAAAUGGGCAACCAUUUCCUCUUUUCUUUCAAUCUGUCUUUUACACAAUGAGAUUCUUUUUAAUAGAAUGAAGAAAAGAAGGGCAAUAGAUGAAUUGGAUAGAU